AUGGUCGCUGCGGCGCGAAUCCACGGCGGUAAUCACGACCCCGGGGCUGAGGCCGCACCUGCGCCGCGCUCAUCACGUCUCAUCCUCACCUUCAUCGCUGCGGGUCUCUCGCAGCCACAGACGCUGCUGGACCUUGUCCCAGCACACCCGACAUCUGCUGUUCUACCCGCUCGUUUCUGUCUUCAGCCCACCACCAUCUUCAAGAUGGCGAUCGCCAAAGCGCUUCCUAAACUCAAAGUCGAAGUAUUCGUCAAGAACGCUCCGCUUGAGGAGCACGUCGACGACGAUGAUCAAACUUCGGAUAACGAGGUUACUAAAUUCAUCGAAGCUUCGUCUGGUGACAACUUCGAAGUCAAAUACCGCUUCUCUCCUGGGUUCAGCAUACGUCACGCCAUGUUGGUUGAGUUGGAGAUUGAUGGCGAGUAUGCCGACUCUGCUGUCUUCAACCCUGGCAGUUCUGUCCGCUGGAACAGCACGUAUGUCUUCAAGGGAUCGCGGGAAUUCGAAGAUGGCGGAUACUUUGUGAGGAAGUUCUGUUUCUCGCAGCUCGAAAUUGAUGGUUACGUCUUUCCCUGUCUCUUGAGUCACCGGGUCGCUGACUUCUGCUUCAGAUGA